UUUCACACCACAACUAAUUACAUUGGGCAGACAGCAAAAAUAAAUUACUGCAGACGGAAACUUAAAUUGGUCAGCACGGAAACAAUAGGAUAGAUUUAGUAAUCGAGUAGGCUAAGGGUUUUCAUCUAUAUUUCUCAGUGCUGCAACAAAACAUUAACAAUUUGUAAAUGUGCGUUGUUUACAAAUAAUGUAUUUACUAACAAUUUAAUUGUUUUUAAUUUAUAUUUACUAGUUUUGUCCAGUAAUUUAUUUAACAAGUCGCAAAGAAUUUAAUUACGAAGUAAUGUAUCUUAAGUUUUCGGUGAUAAGGAUUUUGUACUCUUUAUCGUCUGUAAGCUGAUAUCAAUCUAAUAAUUUCAUCAACUAAUUAGUGACACAAUACGAAGGCAUAGAUUAGAGUUGCAGGCGAACUUAUAAAUAUUUGUUACGGCGGUACAUUUAGCAAACGUGCGUCGCGGAUCAGAGAUGGCGUUCAAAGUUGCAGCACUACUGGCAACAUUGCUAGCUACCAGUCUAGCUGUGCCAACACCGCAACAUGAGUUCUCCGACUUCUUCAUCCACGCGGACCCUAACGCGCGUAUAGUGGGAGGCAGCCAGGCGCCGGUGGGUAGCGUGCCCUACAUGGUAGCCAUGUCCAAUGGUCUGCUGGUCCGCAGCUUCCUCUGCGGAGGGUCAUUGAUCAGCGCGAGACAUGUGCUUACCGCAGCCCAUUGCAUAGAAGCGGUCUUCUCACGCGGUGCACUUAGCAGCUCCCUCCGUGUGACAGUGGGUACGAACCGCUGGAACUCCGGCGGCCAAUCAUACAGCCUGUCGCGAAACGUGACCCACCCCAACUACGUGUCUAGAACGAUCAAAAACGACAUCGGAAUCCUGGUGACGUCAUCCAACGUGGCGUUUACUAACCUCGUGCAGCCUGUGGUCCUCAGUUAUGAUCACAUCGGCGCUGGUGUCAGGUCUAAAGCCGCCGGCUGGGGAAGAAUCAGGCAAAACGGUUCCCUAUCAGCAGCCCUACUGCAGCUGAUAGUGACGACGAUAGAUGGUCAGCAAUGCAUUCGGGAAGUCGCGCAGCGCGCCGUUCAACUCAACAUCAGAGCGCCCGCCGUCGAACCUCACAUCGAACUCUGCACCUUCCACUCCGCUAACCACGGCAUGUGCAAUGGUGACAGUGGCAGUGCUCUAGUCAAUGAGAACAAUGGUAGACAGAUUGGCAUCGUGUCGUGGGGGCUGCCGUGCGCACGCGACGCGCCCGACAUGUUCGUGAGAGUCAGCGCCUUUAGGGAUUGGAUUAUCCGCUCUAUGGCUUCUAUCCCGACACGGCGACAUGCUUUCUCUGACUUGUUCAUCCACGCUGAGGCCGGCUCUCGCGUGGUGGGUGGCACCCCAGCGCCAGAUGGAAGCGUACCUUACAUGGUGGCCAUGAGCAGCGGCCUGCUGGUCAGAAGCUUCAUAUGCGGUGGCUCCCUGAUCAGCACUAGACACAUUAUGACAGCCGCUCACUGCAUAGAUGUAGUCUACGAUGAUGGUGUUCUUAGCGGCACCAUGCGCGUGACAGUGGGCACCAAUCGCUGGAUGGCCGGCGGCCAAUCUUACGGCAUCUCACAUAACUUCACUCAUCCCGAGUACAACUUGGAGACCAUCAGGAACGAUAUCGGGAUCAUGGUGACGUCCACAGAAGUAGUGUUGUCCAAUGACGUGCAACCAGUCGGUCUGAGCUUCGACUUCAUAGACGCUGGUGUGCGCGCCCGCGGUGCUGGCUGGGGGAGAUUAUGGCAUAUGGGACCUCUGUCUGCUGUGCUUAUGGAACUGGUGACAACGACGGUGGAUGCCGAGCAAUGCGUACGGGAGGUGGCGGAGGUCGCAGCUCAGAUCAACAUGCCUGUACCUCCAGUCGACCCGCACACCAUGCUCUGCGUAUUCCACUCCGCAGAACGCGGCAUGUGCAACGGUGACAGCGGCAGUGCCCUAGUGAAUGUAGAAAACAAUCUUCAGAUAGGAUUCGUAUCUUGGGGGCUUUCGUGCGCUCGCGGUGCACCGGACAUGUACGUACGAUUGAGCACAUACAAGGACUGGGUUGCUAGCGUCAUGGAUUAG